UGUUCACAGAAAUUCUAUAAAAUGAUCAGUUUAUUUUUUUAAAUGCAGACAUCAAGUGCUCAAAGUAAUACAGUACACAGAUAUAUUAAAUUUGAAGGUCUCAGGUGUCAGACAGGGUUUUUGCUUUGGGACUAAAAUGGCAAGUUGAGCAAAUCUGAGGUUCCUUAACUUUGCUUUUACCCAGCUCCAUGCACAUUAAAAACCAGAACUACAACAUUGCUUGGAGUUACACCUACUUGACCUGUCACAUAUGUCGACAAAGAGACUUUGGAGGUGGUCUCAACACAGCUAAAAUUAGGGGAGGGAUUUCAAGAGAAAGAGGCUGUGGGCAAGAGGUCUGAUAACAGGUCAGUUAAACCUGAAGCAGCAGUUGCUUUACAAACACAUAGAGAUUUAACUUCUUUAGGUCUUCUUGACAGUUUCCACCCAGCAGCCAUGCCUGAGUAUCAGUUAGAGGUGACCACAGGUGACAUGAAACAUGCCGGAACAUUUGAUAACAUUUAUGUCACUUUGUUUGGAACUGAAAGGCAGAGUGAGAGAACCAAACUGGACAACUUUGGCAUCGACUUUUUGGCUGGAAAGGUAGGGACCUACACUCUGAAAACCAGUUUGUCUGUGGGGACGCUCCUGCUGCUCAAGGUGGAGAAGGACCCUUUUUUCAUUCUCCCAGAAGACGAGUGGUUCUGCUCCAAAAUUGUGGUGACAACUCCAGAGGGGGACGUCCUCCUAUUCCCCUGUUACAGAUGGGUCUCCAGAGGAGAAGUGGUGGAGCUGAGAGGAGGGAAAGCUGCAAAGGUUUUUGAGGACGACCACCCCCUGCUUAUUGAGCACCGGAAAAAAGAGCUGACAACCAAGAAGAGCUUCUACAAAUGGAAAAUUUUGGCUGAAGGUCUGUCCCACAUCAACCAUUUCGACACCCCAUCUGAGCUUCCAGCUGAGAUUCGCUUCUCAGAGUCCAAAUCAACUGAAGUAGCCAACACACAGAAGAUAACGGGUCUUGAACUAAAGAUCAAAGGGCUGCUUGGAUCGGCUGAGAAGUGGGAAAGCAUUGAUGACAUGAAACGAAUCUUCUACUUCAAAAACACAACAUUGUCAGACUAUGUUGCAGAGCACUGGAAGGAGGACAACUUAUUUGGAUCCCAGUUCCUGAAUGGUGUCAACCCCAAUGUGAUCAAGAGCUGCUCCAAGCUUCCUUCAAACUUCCAUGUCACAGAUGAGAUGGUGAAGCCAUUUUUGGAGGAGGGAAGCUCUCUGAAGAAGGAAAUGAAGAAAGGCAAAAUAUUCCUCUAUGACCAGAAGAUAAUGGAUGGAAUACAAGGUCGGGUCUACAAUGGUGAACCUCUGCAUCUUACAGCAGGUCUCUGUUUGCUCUACCUGAACCCUGAAAACAAACUGAUGCCAAUUGCAAUACAGCUGUAUCAAGAGCCCUCUGAGCAGAACCCCAUCUUUCUGCCCAGUGACCCGGAAACAGACUGGCUGCUAGCAAAGAUGUUUAUCAGAAACGCAGAUGUAAUCGAUCACCAAGCGGUCCAACACCUCAUGAAGACUCACUUUCUGGCAGAAGUCUACGCUGUCGCCACUCUGCGCUGCUUCCCCGUCAUUCAUCCCAUCUACAAGUUGCUGUUCCCACACUUUCGACACACUCUCCAUAUAAACACAGGAGGCAGAACGUCUCUUUUUGGACCUGAAGGGGCUUUGAGCAUAAGCACACCUGGAUAUGAUGGUCUGAUAGAGCUCAUGGGAAAGGCUCUGCGUCAACUGACCUACAGCUCCCUCUGUCUGCCAGACGACAUCACUGCACGAGGACUGGAGUCCAUCCCCAACUUCUACUACAGAGACGAUGGCAUGAAACUGUGGAACAUCAUCAACAGCUUUGUGAAGGCAGUGGUCGAUCACUUUUACCCCUCAGACAGUGAGGUCCAAAAAGACACAGAGCUGCAGGAAUGGAUCAGUGAGAUAUUCACACAUGGAGUCCUGGGAAACAAAGCCUCAGGGUUUCCAUCAUGCUUUAAAACUGCUGAGGAAGUGACCAAGUUCACCACCAUGGUGAUCUUCACAGCAACAGCUCAACAUGCUGCAGUCAAUAAUGGACAGUAUGACUACAACUCCUGGAUGCCCAAUGGCUCGCUCCUGCUGCACAAACCUCCUCCAUCCACUAAGGGGCAGUCAACAACUGAGACCAUUCUGGAGACUCUCCCAGAUGUUGGAGAGACAGUCAUCUUUGCUGCAAUACUUUGGUUGCUCUCAGAGAAAUACACAGAUGAGAUUCCCUUGGGUGCAUACCCUGAAGAGCGAUUCGACGAGCCUGAUGUUAAACGGAUGAUUAAAGAAUUUCAAGCAGAGUUGUCCUACCUCAGCGAGGACAUUACAGCAAGAAACUCAGAGCUUAAAGUACCUUACACGUAUCUAAACCCUAAAGAGAUAGAGAACAGUAUUGCUAUUUAAGAAAAUCAUUGCAGGUAAAUGCAUCACUGCAACUCUCAUCAACUAUCAUGCACACUGGAGGGUGUCACAUUUUGAUAUGUGUAUAUACAACAGGCAAACUGCUGGAGACUGUAAGUGAGGUGUUGAAUGCUGAGACAAGGAGACUAGUGCAAAAUAAGUGGGACAGCUGCAUGUUGAGCAGCAUCUGAUUACUCUAGUCCCUAUUUGUUAAUGGAAAAUGUAGUCCAAAACAUUUGAUUACUCAUUUAUUGUUCUAUGUAUAUGUGUGUUUGUAUUUUCUGCAGACAACUUUUUGGCAUGCUUCUAAACAUUCAUUUAAAACAUCAAUCCAGAGCAGAACUUCUGAGUCAUGGUUAUCUGUCAUAUCAAAGUUCAGGCUCAAAACUGAUUUGUCUUUCUGUUCUUAUUAGCCAAACAGAUGUGAUUUAACUCCUUUCAUUCACCAAUGCUUUCUUUUUUUAUAGUAUUCAGAAACAGUGUUGUGUUUUAUUUCUUUGUAAGUUUAAAUGCUGACAUUCUUAAUCCAUGAAAUCACAUACAAAUGGUCAUCUUUGUCAAUAUGUCUUUUGUUCACUCUAUCAUAGUUUCACUACAUGAAUUCAAGAAAUAAAGAACAGAAG